UUACAUCGUGUGGUGACAGUGGUCUUGAUUGCCUUGAACUUUGCCAAAGAGAUGGCUUUACACACCAACAGAUCCAUGUACUGGCCCUAAUUGGUUGGGAUUAAGGCUUAUUAGCUCAUGUUGAAUACCAGUUUCUAGCAUCUUUGAUGUUAAAUUAGGUGUAAUAAUCUAUUAGAUUUAGGUUUUUUUCACCCCUCAAAUAACACUUGUGUUUUUAUUUUUCACCCCUUAAAUAACUGAAACUGGAUUUUAUCUCAUUUUAUGUGUUUUUAUUUUUCUCAAUCUCAACAUGGUAUAUAUUUACAUCCCAACAAUAGUGGCAUCAUUUUUGCUCACGCAUUUUUAAGAAACUGUAGUAGUGAUUUUAUUUAUUUAUUAUAAUUUUUUUUCUUUUACCAAUCUCAAUGGAUAUUUUGAUCCAGGAGUCUUGAAGCAAAUCAAUUUUCUGGCAGUGUUCCUCCUGAACUCGGGAAACUAAGUAACUUGACAACUUUGUAAGACAUGUCAUUCCUUGUUUACUUACACUUACUCCUUGAAUCAAAUUUGACAAGGAUGAAAGGAUAUCCAACUCAUUUGUUUGGCUACAUGUUGUUGCAACUUCAGGGUAUUGUCCUCGAAUUGAUUGAGUGGAAAUUUGCCACCUUCAUUUGCUGGGCUAAUAAAUUUGACUGAUUUGUAAGCUACUACAAUAUCUUAUAUGAUUUCCUAUAUUAUUUCAAUGAUGGUGUCAGUUCAGCACCAGUUUCUUGCACAAUGCAGUAGGAUAAAUGACAACAACUUCAGUGGAGCAAUACCUGAUUUCAUACAGAACUGGAAACAACUUACGAGAUUAGAAAUGCAUGGAAGUGGAUUGGAGGGACCCAUUCCAUCAAACAUAUCCCUUUUGAAUCAAUUAACUGAAUUGAGAAUCAGUGACAUAAAUGGGAUGGCUCCGGAAUUUCCUACCUUGAGCAACACUACAGGGCUAGUAAGAUUGGUUUUGAGAAACUGCAACAUUUCUGGUGAAAUCCCGAAAUAUAUUUGGAAAAUGAUGAAUCUGCAAAUGUUGUGGAUUCUGUAGUUUACCUUGUUGACGCGUACAACAAAGAGAGAUUUGCAGAGGCCAAAAAGGAGCUAGAUGCCCUACAUAAAAAAGAACAACAAUACUCAACCUUGUUAACACCAGAUGUUCUUUUUUUUUUUGAAAUUGAUGCUGAUUAUGUUAAAUUUUUGUUGGAAUGAAUUGUUUUUUGUUUUUUGGGGUUUAGAAUAGGGUUUUGUGUAUUGUUCCUUGUUUUUGGAAUCAAUGUUGUUGCUGCUGAGUUAUGUGUUGAAACUUGGAUAUAGAAAAUUUUAUAAUAAGACCUAUUUUGAUUA